GGCCUUGGCCCUCACAGCUCUAAAAAGAAACAGGAUCUUGAUAAACUCUAUGAGCUGAAGUCCAAAGCACGGCAGAUUAUGAACCAGUUUGGCCCCUCAGCCCUAAUCAACCUCUCCAAUUUCUCAUCUAUAAAACCGGAACCAGCCAGCACCCCUCCACAAGGCUCCAUGGCCAAUAGCACUACUGUGGUAAAGAUACCAGGCACUCCUGGCACAGGAGGUCGACUCAGUCCUGAAAACAACCAGGUAUUAACGAAGAAGAAAUUGCAAGACUUGGUAAGAGAAGUGGAUCCCAAUGAACAGUUGAAUGAAGAUGUAGAGGAGAUGCUGCUACAGAUUGCUGAUGAUUUCAUUGAGAAUGUGGUGACAGCAGCCUGCCAGCUUGCCAGGCAUCGCAAGUCCAGCACCCUAGAGGUGAAAGAUGUCCAGUUGCACCUAGAGCGCCAGUGGAACAUGUGGAUCCCAGGUUUUGGCUCAGAAGAAAUUCGACCCUACAAAAAAGCUUGCACCACAGAAGCUCACAAACAGAGAAUGGCAUUGAUCCGGAAAACAACCAAGAAAUAACAUACGGAGAGGUCGGGAAAUGGACAACAGUGCAUUUGGAAUUUGGAGAUACUUGAGCUGAGGCCUCAGCCAUCUCAUCCGUGGAGUUUUUUUUUUUAAUGCUUUACAGAGAAGCAUAUAUUUUUUAUUAACAGUGCAGCAAUAUCUAUAAUGACUGAGAGGAUCUGCCAAAAGAAUAAAGCCUCCUACCCC